AAGUGUCUCAACAAAGAAGGCGGUGAACACGCUGACGUUCAACGUUCAUGUCAGUGAUUCGUCCGUGGCUCAUCACACGGAAGGGAAAACAGCUGUGUGGGAACAAUGGCGACAUCUCAGAGACUAUUCUGCUCCAAAAUGAGCCAAUCAAUUGCGAUGUGUUUGAAAGGCGAGUAAUAACCUAGCAUAAUAUCGCAAGAAAAUCAUUUUCAAUUGAUUUUCAUGAUGUCAGUGUUACGCACUAGUCUCUCAGUGCGAAAUAAAUUGCGGUCUUUUGGUACUGCAGUUGCGGAGACUGCGAAAAACGUUGAGACGUCGGAGAAGGCGAAGACAACUGUCAUAGAACGUUGGAAGUUAUAUUGGAAGAAUCUCUACCUCGACUACAAAGAUGUAGCAGUCGAUGUCGUUAAAGAAUGCAGAAAUCGUCCAUUCAAGGCAGGAGUUUAUUUCUCAGGUCUUGCCGGCUGUUACUACCUAUCGCAGACGAAUCCAGAUUUACGCACCUUUCGGGAGGAGCUCUUGAAAAACUCUAUGCGUCUGAUGUACGUUGGUGAAUCAACCCGCAAUCCCAUUUCUAUGAGUCAUGUGUUGCACAUGGAGGAAUGUCUAAACAACAAUAUCAUAAGGAGGUUGAAUCUGGGCGUUAUAUCGUUCAUAUGGCUGGACAAUUACAGUGAUCGGUGUGCACUGUACAAAGUGCAAUGCAGUUAUUUGAAGCCAGAAUAUACGAGGUUUCAUGAGAGAAUUGUGGAUGUGGGGUUCUUAGGCAAGUGGUGGGUACUUGAGGAUAAAAUGAAGGAUUAUGAUAUUAAUGAGAUUGAAUGUAGCUAAAUGAAUAUUUAUUUUUUGUAUAAAAUAAACUCUAGGACAAUUUCUUUA